CCAACAGAUUAUGCAGCGAAGAAGAAUAAAGCAGUUAGUGUAUCUGUGCACGAUGUCCUUGCGGGUUUAAAUAAUAAAAUAAAGUGAAAUAAAUACUCUCUGUUCUCAGGUGGAGAUUUUACAAAUUCCUGGAAACUUGCAUCAUGCCUCUUCAUAAAUAUCCACCUAAACUCUGGGAUGCUUUGAAGCUAAAGCAGGGCAUCUAUGCCCGUCUCCCUAAACAUUAUCUGAAGUCCCUUGAACAAAAAGAGCCCACCCCUGUUCACUGGAGGCCUCUUGGAGUCAAGUACAGAGCAAACCCCAAGACUGGACAGAAGGAGCGGGUGCAGGAUGUCCCAAUCCCCGUCUACUAUCCUCCACAGUCCCAGGAUGGCCUGUGGGGCGGCGAGGGCUGGAUAACUGGCUACAGAUAUGCCAACAAUGACAAAAUGUCCAACCGACUGAAGAAAACCUGGAAACCACAGCUACUCAAGAGAGAAUUCUACAGCGAGAUCCUCGAUCACAAGUUCUCCAUCACAGUGACGCCUCGAACCCUGGACCUCAUCGAUGCUGCUUUUGGCUUCGACUUUUAUAUCCUGAAAACGCCAAAGGAGGACCUGAACUCUAAAUUGGGGAUGGACCUGAAGAGGGCGAUGCUGCUGCGCCUGGCACGGCGGGACAAAGAGCUUUACCCCAAUGACCCUGACAAAAAAGAGGCCAUCUACAACAAGUACAAGCAGCACUUUGAGAUCCCAGAGGAGGAGGCUGAAUGGGUGGGUCUGACUCUAGAGGAGGCUGUGGAGAAACAAAGGCUGCUGGAGCACAAGGAGCCGGAGCCUCAGUUCAAGGUCUUGGUGGAGAAGCUUGUGCAGGAUAUGCAAAUGAGGAAACUUUUAGAGCCACACAUUACUGAGAGGAAGUGAUCAUCCAACCUGGACCUAAAGAAGGUUAAACUGUCCCGAUUCGUCAGGGACGACGGUUCGAGUCGUGGUGCUUCAUCAGUGAAAUCACACCAAGGAGAAGCUCAUUGAAGCUAAAGGGUGACAAAUGAGUCCUGAAGAAAUAAUGUUUAUUUAUUUCAGUCAUGUUUUACUUGCCCAUACAUUUAAAAACCUGAAAAAAACAGUUCAGAGAUUGUGGGAAGAAAUAUGAUGUAAAUACUACCAACAGGCAGAGAUAUAUUACCAUGUAUGUAUGAUUUCUUAUUGGAUAAAGUCUUCUUUUUUUUAAAUAAAACCUGUUUAAACUCA